GACUCCAGGCUCGCGCUUCCCCAGCUGCUGACGUCAGCUGGCAGCCUGGGCUGUGCUCGCCGCUCCGGACAUAGCGCCGAGGAAAAAUGCUGCUCUCCGUACCGCCAAGGGCAGGAAUCAACCCAUACAGCGGCUAUAACAGCAGAAACAGCAAAAAGCAGGCCUAUGUGUCCUCCGGCCACCAGAUGGCGCCCCCCAGUCCCAACACUAACAGCAGUAGCAACAGCAGCGGCGGAGGUGGGGAACAGCUAAGUAAAACGAACUUGUACAUCCGCGGCCUCCAGCCGGGAACCACGGAUCAAGACCUGGUGAAGCUCUGCCAACCGUACGGCAAAAUUGUGUCCACCAAAGCCAUCUUGGACAAAACCACCAACAAAUGUAAAGGGUAUGGCUUUGUGGACUUUGACAGUCCAGCAGCUGCACAGAAAGCUGUCACAGCGCUGAAAUCCAGUGGGGUCCAGGCUCAGAUGGCUAAACAACAAGAGCAGGACCCCACCAACCUCUACAUCUCCAACCUGCCCGUGUCGAUGGAUGAGCAGGAGCUGGAGAACAUGCUCAAGUCCUUCGGCCAGGUCAUUUCUACGCGCAUCCUCCGAGACGCCAACGGGACCAGCCGGGGCGUUGGGUUUGCUAGAAUGGAGUCCACGGAGAAGUGCGAGGCCAUAAUUCAGCAUUUCAACGGCAAAUUCAUCAAGAUUCCCCCAGGGGUGCUUGCGCCCGCAGAGCCCUUACUGUGCAAGUUUGCAGACGGGGGUCAGAAGAAGAGGCAGAGCCAGGGAAAGUAUCUCCAAAAUGGAAGGCCCUGGGCUCGAGACGGAGACACGGGAGGAAUGACGCUUGCAUAUGACCCAACAGCUUUACAAAAUGGCUUCUACUCGUCGCCUUACAGUCUGACUCCAAACCGAAUGAUCGCUCAGACGUCCCUCUCGCCCUACAUGCAUUCUCCUGUCUCAUCGUACCAGGUACACAGCCCGUCCUGGAUGCACCAUCAGUCAUACCUCAUGCAGCCAGCUGGUACAGUUCUAACCCCAACAAUGGAUCACACCAUGUCCAUCCAGCCCACGUCCAUGAUGGGACCUCUCACACAGCAAUUAAGCCACCUAUCUCUGGGCAGCACGGGCACAUAUAUUCCAGCCAACGCUACUAUGCAGGGGACCUACAUCCCCCAGUACACCCCAGUGCCUCCCUCCAAUGUCCCGGUAGAGGAAAAUGGUCAGCAGCAACAGGAUGCCAUGGAGAAUCCUGCAGAACACACAAACUACUCGUACCAACACACCAAGUGAAGCUACGCUCCCACCCAUUUGGAGCCAAGGACACAAAAUGAUUUCAACCAAAAGAGGAUAAAGCUGGAAGAGAUCCAACACAUAACCAACCACCUGGACUCAAACAUGGAUCAGAAAAGGAAUGUGUGCGUGUGUGACUGUGUUCACGCCUGACUUUUAGUUUUUUUUUUGUUAUUUUCAUGUUUUAAGGACAACCAUUAAACUUCAUCAAACUCUCACACAACCUGAAGAGUUGAUCAACCAAAGGUGGGAAUCUCCGUCAAAGUUUCGAUCUAUUUUGAUAACUUAAAAAAGAAAAACAAGAAAAAAAAAAAAAAAG